AUGACAGAAACUCCCGAGACCCCAGCGGCAACACAAGCAAGAGAGACUUUGCAAGCUUCGUCGGACCCCUCGACACCAAGAAAAGGACGACAGUUACCGGGCACUCCAACGACACCGGAUUCCGGUACGAAGAUUUUGAGACCCAUCAAGAUACAAAGGGCAAGAUCACAGAACAAGAAGGGUAGUAAAGAUGAUCCUCGACUGCCUGGCGAUCCAGCGAAUCUAUCGAGCUUCUGGACCAAGAUUUGGGAGAAGGAGGGAACUCUAACAGGUUACCUGGGCUUUAACGACAUUUGCGAUUUACGACAACUUGCAAUGAGCCCACUUGUCUUAUACUUCUUCAAUGGUCUCGCGGAAGACCGAUCAGCCAUGCUAAUGGAAAAGGUCCUUGAGCUCAUCAAGGACAAGGCUGUGGAAGUCGAGUCUGAUGACGAUCCUUGUUCGCUCUACCCCAGCGAGCAUUCUGGCAACUUACACUACCGGUCAGCUUUGCGUGUUGCGCAAGCAACGCGUGCCCUCCAGACCGCGCGGUCCGGCAACACCCAUAUCGUGUUCAAAGAGUCUGAGAUAGAGGCGGCGGCAUCGCUCUUCCACGCACGUUUCGGAAAGACCAUUCCCCGGCUGACACCGAAUGAGCCCUACCGGCUUCCCGACAUGGGGAAAUUCCCCAAUCGCAAAGAGAGUUACCUCGAAGAUUACGCAAGAACGUUUUCCCUACUCAAAUACAUCAGCCUCAGUCUGGCAAAAGUUUGGCCAACAAGGUUUGGUGCGGACAAGUGGAACCCAAAUUUACAGAUAUCAGAAUCGCAAGUACCUUUUUGGAUGAGAAUGAAAAAGGCCACGGUAGUCGAGUCGGCUCCCGAUGUACCUGCUGCAUCUCUGGAGAUGCCAGAGCGCCCAGCUCUGAAUAUGAAAUUUGUAUGGAAGCUCGAUGCCAAGGGUAAGGAAGGUCCCGAAAAAUUUCGGGACCAUAUCAAAGAUGAAGAGCUGGACGAUGAUUUGCCGAACCUAGAACAGAAUCUCAAAAUCGAACCUGCAGCUAGCCGAGAACAGGUCCGAGACGAUGUGAGAAGAGCCUUCAAACUGGACGACUUGCAGGGCCAGAUACACAAGCUGCGACUAGAACUUAAGGCACAGGAGGAAUCCGAUGAAGCUGUGAAAGAUGAGUCCCUUGUUAUUUCCGCAAUGGAGUGGAGCAAAGUGCAAGAUUUGCUGUGGAGCGGCAAAUAUGAUACUUCAAACAGCGCAUUUUAUCUAACCACUCGCCUUGCAGACGAAGGAGAAGUCAUAUGGGAAUCUACAGUUCCUCUUGUGGUUGAACGCUACAUGGCGUUCAAAGACGGUGAUGUCGCUGCUCUUGGAAACGAGGAACUCAUGCCCGCAAUUGAAGGGUCCGCCACCGAAGGGAAGCUCGACGACGUUGAAGAAAGUGAUCCGGGUGCCGGUCUUGUUUCAGCCGUCCGCGAUAACUCGAAUGAAAGGAUCUUUUUGGAUCCAGAGAAGAUGUUUGAGGGAAAGAAAGCAAAGAUGAUCACGUUCUACGAGGGCCACGAUCCCACGGUACCCGGUGAACUCAAGAGUUGGCAACGGAAAGUUGCCGAGCGAUUGACGUUGAACGAUGACUUUCGACUCAUUACCAACAACAUAGGCACGAAAUUGGGGAAGAUCAAACUCUCGGCCCAAGAGAGACAUGCCCUGGCAACGGCUCGAACUGAAGGAGAGCACAGGAUGUUCAGCGCCGGUGAGGCCUCCAGAGAUGAUUCAGACGUGUCAGGCCAGUAUUGUGAUCUCAAUAUGAUCCACACCGGAACAUCCGCCCAAGUUGGUCUUCCUUUAGUGGUAUCAGCCCAAGCACUCGACAUGGAAGCUUCAAAGGAUGAGGAAGGCAGGCUCAUGUACAGAUCUAGGGACGCCGCACUUGGCCAUCGCCUUUGGUUCCCUUGGCAGGUGAAUGGCAUUGCAACUUGCAUAAUAGCAGCUAUAGGAUACAUUCCCGUCCUUCCAGAUGCAUCCGACGAUGUGAAGCGUGCGGCACAAUGGCUUCGCGGUCUGGCGACAGGGGGAAACAUGGUGUGCGACCAAACAGGACUUGGAAAAACGUUGGUCAUAGUUGCGAACCUCUACAUCGCCAGCCGCGUACCAGAAUACAACAAUGAAGGCGCACAGAUCUACCGCGUCAUGAUGCUUGUCGUCCCAGCUGGAGUGCUCAAGCAGUGGGCUGAUGAAAUAUUUGACCACUUCAAAUAUUUCACUCUGAUCAUCAGUUAUGAUGAGUCUGGUUUGACUGAUGCGAAAUACAAACCGAACUUCGUUAGUGCGACUGCCAUGAAGGAGUUUCCCCACUCGAAGGCCAGAUGGCCAGUGCAGUUCCAUUACAUCUUCAACGAGUCGGAUCCUCGUUGUGCCAGAACCAUUAUUUUGACCUCGAAUGACUGUAAUGUUACCAGGUCCCUAAAGAGCAUUUGGCAUACCGUGGGUUUCGAUGAGGAAAGUGGAGCUCCCAUCCAGAAGCUCAUUCGGAAGAGUCGAUGGCGGAACCGCGUGGGAAGAGCAGUCGUUGAUGAAGGCCAGAAGCUCAAGGAUGAAAGCUCGAGGCGAUGGCUGGCCUUUCAUGACAUCCAAGCACCGAUAAAUUGGAUAGUUGGGGCCACCCCCAUGUCUAAUGUCUCUACCGACUUUAUUGCUCAGCUCAAAAUAAUAUGGAUCGGCGCCCGCCGAGAGUUGGUGAGAGAUAACGCAGCCUACGAAUGGGCAGCCACGCGUUGGCGCACAAUGAAGUUAUGGAAGGAAGCGGCAGCAUUCAAGCCAACAGACAAACGUCGCCUAGCACUUUUACACCCUCCGUCAGUCCGGCAUCUGUUGGAAACCGCAACAAAAGUGGAAAUAGCGUCCUAUUUCCACUUAUGCGAGGAUCAAAUUUGUCUAAAACGCUUCAUGGGAAGCAAGCUGCCAUUACGUUUUGACUCUGACGAGUACUUUGACAUGGCCAAAGCCAUGAAGCCGUACUUCAUACACACACUUCAUUGCGAACACAAGAAAGAAGAACAGGCAGCGCACCAAAUCCUUCACCGUGAGGCUAGUCGACGGUUCGUGGAGACACUGCGUGGAUUCUCUAUAAAACAGAGCCGCGCCAGAGCAAUGGGAAAUAAGGAGCAGCACCUGUACCCAGUGGCAGAGAUGAGAGAGCUCGUCAUCACAGCAACAUCAACGAUGCUCCGCCUUUUCCAUGAGGCAUGCAAACAUAUGGAUGUCGACACUCUCGUCGAAACGAUUCAGGAAUACCGUGGGAACGGCUUUGAUGGAUUUCGCUUCGUGCGCUUUAUGUGCACAAGGCUGAACUUAGCUUUACCCACUACCGCCUACGGCUACCUGGAGAUCCUAUGCCAGGGCUCACCAAUAGCACGGGCACUGAUACACCAGCUCUGCCUGAUUGAGGAUGGAAAGUUCUUAAGACCCAGAACUCACGGAAAGUUCAUCGUGGCAGAAGACGUACCGCUGAACGCCAUGUUCCUGGAGUGGGUUCUCAAUAUGAUUGGACUGAAAGUCGUAGUCUUCCAUGCAGGGCUAAGUGCGCAAGCACGUAACGACCUCCAGGAAGAAUUUAAUGACCCCAAAUCAGACAUCGACGGAUUGAUUAACAUGUACAACGUGGGCGGCGAGGGACGAAAUUUCUGGUUAGAUUGUCAUACAUUGUACAUGGCAACCUCGGGGAAACAUGAAGCAGCCGAAAAACAGCAGGCAGGUCGGAUCAUUAGGGCGCCGCAAAAAGAGAACGUUCAGAUCAUCAAGCUAAUGCUGAAGAAUUCAAUUGCUGCUUAUCGAGAGUCAAGGAAACGACAUAAGUACAUGAUUGAGCUCGCCACCAGGGCGCACGACCCGGUUAUUCAGAGGCUCCUCAUACGCUGCCUCAACGAAUGGCAAGCUUUCGUGAAGGAGGCGCAAGAUGACCCUGCAAAUCGAGCUCUGAUGGAGCAACUGAAGGAGAAGUCUGAAAUUGAUGAAAAUAAGGAAGAGAUGUUCAAAGCGGGCGCUGUUGCUGAUUCGGUGGAUUUAGUGGAGCUGCCAGCACCAGAAGGCCCACGCAAAAGGCAGCAAGUCCGUCGCUUUGCUGAUGCGACCUUCGUGAAAGAUCGCGAGAUCCAACCAGGUGAUCAAGAGCCGCAUAACUUGAGCGGCGCGCGAAAGAAGAGCAGGAAGAUGAAAGGGAUGAAGAAGCGUAGGCGAGUCACUGGGAAGGUUGACGAGGAUGAGGAGGAGGAGGUGCAAGAAGAAGAAGAAGCGGAUCUAGAGGUCGAAGACUGCUAUUCUGAAUAUGAGCCAUCCGAUUCUGGCGAUUCGAACUACUCCAACUCUGAUAUGAGCGAGGAAGACAGCGAAAGAGAGGAAGAAGACCCAACCGAAGAAAGCACGACUCCGAAACAAGCGACCUCUAGCAAGAACGACGAAGAAAAACUCACCAAUGCACAAAGGAGAGCAGCUAGAAAAGCUGCAGCCGCAGCAAUGAGGAACGAAGAACAAGAGGAAGAGGGAGUGCGACAAUUGAAGUUACUAUUGACUGCCGACCCCGAGAGGGUGUAUACCGUCGAAGAUUUAAGCUCCGAGAAAGUUCUUGAGCGGGCUUUGGAGAUUACAUAUUGUCUCAGAAUUGGACAGAGACCGGAUAAGGUCCCAAGUGUCCAUAUAAACUAUAGCGCCAUCAACCACCAGCUGUCAGAAAAGAUCAAAUUGCAAACCAAUGCCGACGAUUCACGAGAAUUAUUGAAAGAUAUGCUUGCCGCGACGUCGAAUGUGGCACCUGAUGCUCCACUCGAAACAGCAACGGUAUCAACGGUUCCGCCUGCAGACUCUACAAGCGCCGAAGGAGCACGGGAAUACUCUAAGGAGCUCGCACCCGUACUUUUGCAGAUGUGCAAAGCCCGCAAGAUACUGCGCAACGAAACGCGCAAGGAAGAGUAUAUUCAGCUCCUCGAGGCAGACGAUGCACGAAUACAAGUCGCAAAGACACGAGAAUCCCUAAAGCCCCGGCCCCUAAAAGACUAUUCUACAGAGCCGCCUGAAGAGCUUCGUAAAAAAUUGGUGGGCUUGAAUGUCCCGGGCGCCGAGACCAUGGAUCAGGAUGACCUGGUCUACACGGCUCACACGAUUAACGUCACCAUGUUCAAGAAAAAGAAGGUGGAGUACGAGGAAUGGCCAGAUUUCUAUCUCAUAUUGGACCUUGCUAGGCGGAAGGGCGUGAAGAUCAAGGACGUCGAGGAGAUAAGCCGGAAAGAGCGUAUUGUGGCACUGAGGCAGAUCGACAAACAGGACCACAUCUCUACUUGGCGGGAGAAGUUCAUCGUUUUCCCAUAA